AAUAUAAUGAUGAAAACCUCACGGCGGCCGUGAAGCUUUACACGUGGCAGUUGUAUUGAGGGUGUGCACGACUAGCCAGUGUUGGUUCCCUCCAGUCGAGAACACGCGGAACUCAGUUAGAUAUACGAGAGUUCUGAUAGCGAUACCGACCACUGGAGCCUACACGACAUUGAACUCGAAGUAUAAAUACCGAUUUACCGUGAAGUGUAUACAGGUUUGCUCAAGCAUUACCAUGGCAACCGGGAAAUACACGUGGUUUCUCGCUAUGGUGGUCGUAACUGGCUUCUUUUCGGAGGGUGUCAGUGGGAGGACCACUUACUAUGUGACAACUAUCCUGCACAGUCCUUACCUUGUCAGCAAACAACCCAUGAAGGGAUAUAUCCCGGAUUUACUGGACGAGAUCUCGGGCAUCCUGAACGUUUCUCUCGUCCUCAAUCACGUGGCUGAUGGUAGGUUUGGAAGCAAGGACUCACAAGGCAACUGGAACGGGAUGAUGGGUGAUCUCGUGGCCAAUAGGAGUGAUAUAGCUGCGGCUGCACUUACCUUGACAGUAGAGAGGUCGAAGGCCGUACACUUUUCACAUCCAUUCGAAGAAGUCGGAUUACGAAUUCUUGUGAAGAAACCUUCGUUGGACAUUCUCUCAAAACUCGUCAAUGACGACACUGGUUUCUUCUUCCGGCCGCUUACUUCCGGAGUGUGGAUUUCUGUCAUCGUCAGUCUCGUUGUGGUCGGAAUUGUGAUUUACGUCAUUGGCAGGUACAGCCCUUUACAAGGAGAUCAGACGGAAGGUGGGGUAUUAUGGGCACUAUGUAUCACGUGUGGAAUCGCUUCUCUUCAAGGAAUGCGGCACCUACCUGUGGCCUUCUCCGCCCGCGUCCUUGUAUCUACAGCCCUACUCUUUACGCUCAUACUGGUCUCUAUGUACUCUGCUACACUUGUUUCAUUUGUCUCGACGAGUAGCAGUAGCGGUAAUGACCUGCCAUUCAGCACAUUCAGGGACUUGGCAAUGCAGACCGAGUACCAGUAUGGUACAGUAGGAGCAGGCAGCACAUACCAAUUUUUCAAACAAUCCAACGGAGACACCGAACGAAGGAUAGCAGCGUACCUUACUGCAAAUCCCGCCAACGUGAUGGUGUCUACCACGAAAGGUGUCGACCGAGUGAAGCAGGGAAAGUACGCGUUCAUCAUGGAGUCGGCGUCUGCCUACUACAUCAGCGCCACAUCGUGUGACUUAAUGGUGGUAGGAGAUAGCCUGCGGGACAGAACAUACAACUUCGCCUGCCGACCAAACACAAACAUUUGUGACAGACUCAAUAUUGCCAUUUUACAGUUGAAAAUGAACGGGCGUAUGGAGGAGCUCAAGUCCAAAUGGUGGUCAGGGAAAUGCGGCGCUUACCCAAGAACACAAGUUGGGACUUCCGGUGGCGUAGCAGAUAAUUCCUCCAACAAAGGCACUCCAAUCGACAUGAAACGUUUUACCAUUCCACUGGUUCUGCUGGUAGUAGGCAUAGUGUUGAGCAUUGUAAUCCUUCUCAUGGAGAUUUACCUUCCUAAAGUUGCGGGGCAGUUGCAGUCAAAGCGGAUGACUGAUGAUACUCAAGGAUUCUCGGGACAGAUGCACGCGUGAUCGGAACUCCUCCUCAAGUUCACAUCUAUUUAUGUUGUCUCGUGUUUUAUCUGAACGUAUAUACACUUCAUCGUAGUUGAAAUGCUUUACUCUCGAUUUCGCUUUUGUAUGAAACUCUCCUAGACAGCAGGUAAUUUGAGAGAGAAUAAAACGAAGAUGAAGAAGGAA